AUGUCUCGCCAAUCCUACGGUCUCGGCAAGGGGUUCAGCUCCAGCUCCGUUUGCUUCGGAGGGAGGAACAAGGUCGCGUUCAGCUCUAUGUCCCGUGCAGGGUGCGGGGGACCUGGCAAUGCCGGUGGCUUCAGCAGCAGGAGCCUCUAUUGCUUGGGAGGGAGUAAAAGCACCUCGCUGGGAGGAUUCGGUGGAGGCGGUGGUGUCUGCAGAGGUUUUGGGGCUGGUGGUCAAGGAGGUUUUGGCUACGGCUACGGUGCUGGGGUAGGAUUCGGUGGCGGCUACGGUGGUGGGGCCGGAGGCCUCGGUGGUGGUUUUGGUGGCUUUGGUGGAGGAUUCGACGGCUUUCCCCCUUGCCCACCCGGCGGCAUCAGGGAAGUGACCAUCAACCAGAGCCUGUUGGCCCCGCUCAACCUGGAAAUUGACCCCGAGAUCCAGAAGGUGCGAACACAGGAGCGGGAGGAGAUAAAGAAACUCAACGACAAAUUCGCUUCCUUCAUUGACAAGGUCCGGUUCCUAGAGCAGCAGAACCGAGUCCUGGAGACCAAGUGGAAACUGCUGCAGGAGCAGGGUAGUCCAAGGACGGGGGGCAGGAACCUCGACUCCUUUUUUGAAACCUACAUCAGCGGGCUGAGGAAGCAGCUGGACUGCCUCUCAAGCGAGAAGAGCCAGCUGCAGUCAGAGCUGAAGAGCUUCCAAGACAUGGUGGAAGACUUCAAGACCAAGUACGAAGAGGAAAUAAACAAAAGGACAACCUCGGAGAACGAUUUUGUGCUCCUAAAAAAGGAGGUGGACGGAGUCUACAUGACCAAGGUGGAACUCCAAGCAAAAUUAGAUUCUCUGGCAGAUGAGAUCAACUUCUUGAAGUACCUUUACGAAGCGGAGCUGUCUGAGAUGCAGAAGACGGUUUCCGACACUUCUGUGGUUCUCUCCAUGGACAACAACCGAAACCUGGACCUCGACAGCAUCAUCGCAGAGGUCAAAGCCCAAUACGAGGAGAUCGCCAACAGGAGCCGAGUGGAGGCUGAGACUUGGUACCGAUGCAAGUAUGAAGAGCUGCAGGCGACCGCAGGCAAACACGGAGACAGCCUUAAGGACACAAAGGUCGAGAUCUCCGAGCUCAACCGCCUGAUCCAGAGGAUCCGGGCUGAAAUCGAGAGCGUGAAGAAACAGUGUGAAACUCUGCAGAGCUCUAUCACGGAUGCUGAGGAGCGUGGGGAGCUGGCCCUCAAGGAUGCCAGGACCAAACUGACCGAGCUGGAGGCAGCUCUGCAGAAAGCCAAGGCUGACCUGGCCCGGCAGCUCCGUGACUACCAGGAGCUCAUGAACGUCAAGCUGGCCCUGGACGUUGAGAUCGCGACCUACAGGAAGCUGCUGGAGGGCGAGGAGUGCAGGAUGUCUGGAGAGUGUCAGAGCACCGUGAGCAUCUCCGUGGUGGGAGGCAGCUGUAACAUAGGCGGCGCUGGCCUCUGCUACAGCCUAGGAGGGGGCGGAUUCGGCUCCGGGGGAGGAUUUUGUGCUGGGGGGGGAUUCGGGUCUGGAGGGUCUAACUCAGUGGUGGUGGGAUCUGGCACCAUCCUGAAGAAGAACGUCAGCUCUACGUCUGUCAACCAGCGGGUCUAG